AUGGCGAAAAGAUCCUGGGAGGAAAUUGUACGAGAGAAGUGCGAGACACGUCAGCGCCUGGUUGAGCCUUACCUGGACAAGACCAAUGGCGAAAGAGAAACGGCAGUGGCAGUCCUCAACAUAGACAACGUGGAAUGCUUGACCAGUCUCCUCGCAAGCGGGAAAGUGAAAGCGCACGAUAUCACGCUCAGCUAUAUCCGAAGGUAUCCGAAUGAAUGGAAUUACCCUGCUCAUCUAUCACUGACUAACUGGGAUCGAUCCAGAGCCGCAGAGGCACAUCAGAUGACCAACUGCUUGACGGAAGUCUUCUUCGAUGAUGCCAUCAAAGAGGCCGACAGACUCGAUGAUUAUUAUCAUCGACAUGGCAAAUUGAUUGGACCUCUGCACGGCAUUCCUGUGACACUAAAGGAUCAAUUCGACGUCGCUGGCGCUGAUUCAACAAUGGGCUACGUGUCGAGGGCUUUCAGCCCCGCCGACAAAGACGCUGUUCUCGUUCACAUACUGAGAGACUUGGGCGCUUGGUGUGAGACGGAAAAUCCGCUAUGGGGACUGACAACAAAUCCCCGAAAUCCCGACUUCACUCCCGGUGGUUCAUCAGGGGGCGAAGGUGUAUUGCUUGCCCUUCAAGCGUCGAUGAUUGGAUGGGGUACCGACAUUGGAGGAUCAAUACGAAUACCAAGCCAUAUGAAUGGCCUGUGGGGUUUGAAACCAACUAGCUCUAGAUUACCAUAUCAAGGAGUUCCAGUAUCUACAGAAGGGCAAGAACAUGUCCCAUCAUCAGUGGGUCCUUUAACAAGGAGCCUGUCGUCUCUUACCACGGUCAUGCAACAGGUGAUCGAAAUGAAGGCUUGGAUAUUCGAUCCCAAGGUUGUUCCUAUUCCCUGGCGGCAGGAUGUCUACGAGGAAGUUCAUCAAAGGCCAUUGACAAUAGGCGUGCUCUUCGACGAUGGGGUAGUGAAAGUUCAUCCACCUAUUGAAAGGGUGCUGAGAGAGCUAGAAUCAAAGUUAAAGGCGGCAGGACAUGAAAUCGUCCCAUGGGACGCAUCUGGACACAGAGAAUGCAUUGAAAUCAUGGAUCUUUUCUACACCGCCGAUGGAGGUGAAGAUAUUCGUCGAGAAGUCCAAGCAGGAGGAGAACCAUUCAUCCCUCACGUUGAGGCUUUGAUAAAUCGAGGCUCGCCGAUCUCUGUCUAUGAAUACUGGCAACUCAACAAGCGAAAACUUGCGGCACAGAAAGCAUAUAACGAGAAAUGGAAUACCAUUAAAAGUCCGAUGACUGGGCGAUCUGUGGACGUCGUCCUCAUGCCUACAAUGCCUCACACUGCAGUGCCACAUAGGACGUGCCGAUGGGUCGGUUACACCAAAGUAUGGAACUUCUUGGACUAUACAGCCCUCUCAUUUCCUGCCGGACAAGUGAUAGCCUCAAAGGAUAUUGCCCCACCAGAGUACCAGCCUCGGAAUGACUACGAUGCAUGGAAUUGGAAGCUGUAUGAUCCAGUGACGAUGGAUGAUCACCCAGUUGGACUACAGAUUGUAGGACGGCGAUUUGAAGAAGAGAAGGUGCUAGGAGUUGCCUCUGUAAUAAACCAGAUCAUGAGGGCUUGA